AACAUCCGAUUCUGAUCGCAAAUUCGCAAUUACCAUAGCAGAACCUUCAAAGUUCGGAGGAACAAGCGUUUGCUCUAAUGGCGUCAGGAUGGGGAAUAACAGGGAACAAAGGCCGAUGCUAUGAUUUCUGGAUGGACUUCAGUGAGUGUAUGUCUCGAUGCAGGGAACCCAAAGAUUGUUCCCUUCUUAGAGAAGACUACUUCGAGUGCCUUCAUCAUUCUAAAGAGUAUCAACGUAGGAACCGAAUUUACAAAGAGGAGCAGCGCCAGUUAAGAGCUGCUUCACAAAAGAAAAAAGAAGGUGGCGAUGGUGGUGGUGGUCAUCACUGACGUUGAUUGUGGAAACAUGGUUUUACCAAUCAAAAGGCGUGGAAGUAACUGUAUGUCGUUUUGAACUUUGAAAUAAAGAGUUGAAAUCAGUUGCAUUUGAUGUGAGCUGGAUAAUUGAAAUGGCUCUGUUCAGUUUCUUUCUCAAUGUGGCCUUUGUUUUGUUGGUGAUAUGCAACAUAUGUUUAAGGGCACAUUUGCGUCCUACCAUUGGCACUGGAAUAUGAUAUCAGUUCUUGGAAAUUUGGGACUCAUUAAAUGGAAUGAUCGUUUUCUUUAAGUUA